GUCAUUACUGUCAUAGAAAAGCAAAAUGGAAUCAUUAUUUAGCACUCUAAAUCGACAGAAGGGGGAGCUUACGCAGGGAACGUGAAGGCGGCAUUGAUUCAUCAAGAGGAAUGUCAAGCCACGGGAAGUAACCCAGCCUGUGAUUGGUCACAGCCCGUCACGUGAGCAUUUCCCAAGCGGAGUUUCCACGACAGCUGGAAGCCGAGCGGCACAAGCGCAUCGCUUCUCGGCUAAAAAAAAUUGAAAUAACAAGGCUCCUGGUCGUCUCAGCACCUCCAGAUAAACCCCGGUCUGGCAUGGGCGACAAGAGGAGUCCGACAAGGCCGAAGCGUCAACCGAAGCCCUCCUCCGACGAGGGGUUCUGGGACUGCAGCGUGUGCACGUACAAGAACACGGCAGAGGCUUUUAAGUGCAUGAUGUGUGAUGUCAGGAAGGGGACAUCAACAAGGAAGCCACGUCCCGUAUCCCAGCUAGUUUCUCAGCAGCAGGUAACGCAGCAGUUUGUGCUGCCCUCACAGCCCAAAAAGGAAAAGAAGGAGAGAGUCGAGAAGGAGAAGAGCGACAGAGAGCCGCCGCUUAAGAAGAACAGCCACAAGAAGAUGAGGCCAAGACUAAAAAACAUCGAUCGCAGCAGCGCCCAGCACUUGGAGGUGACGGUUGGGGACCUGACAGUCAUCAUAACGGACUUUAAGGAGAAGGCCAAGCCCUCAGCCACCUCGGCCACUUCCUCCAGCUCCGUGUCAUCGGCCGACCACCACAGCCAGAACGGCUCUAGCUCAGAAAACACAGAGAAGGGCCUUUCCCGCUCUUCCUCACCCAGAGGAGAGGGGAGCUCGGUCAACGGAGAGUCUCACUGAGUCAGCCUCCUUGAAACCUUUCCCUCCACCCCGCCUCCAUUAACGUCUCAUCUGCAAGUCCACAAGUCACUAGAGGAGUAUCCUGCCUCUACAUUAGAGCUGCACGAUAAUGAAUAAAACUUUUCUUUUU